GCUCAGGAGACGGCGCGGGGUCCCAGGCGGACGUGCGCUCGGGGACUUUGGGCACUAAACCUGUGGAGGCCGCGGCGGGAGCGCUGCGCCUCCUCUCAUCCCGGCCCGGUGCGCGGGAAGCCCGGGUCCGGCGCGUCGUCACGGGGCCAGCGGGCUUGGAGGCGGGUCCGGAGGGCAGCGGAGCGCCCAGAGAGUGAUGUUAGACCUGUGCUGUGCCAGACACCACCCAGGCAUUUAUCAAGAUCCAGGUGGAAAGACGAGAGGAGAAGAAGCAUGACGUCCCAGGAAGGCAAUUAUGGGAAGUGGACGAUAUCCAGUAGUGAUGAAAGUGAGGAGGAGAAGCCACAGCUGGACAAGCCAUCUGCCUCUCUCCUCCCCCACGCCAGGCAGGGGGCCACCGGGCAGCCGAAGUACACCUGCUCCGAGGCUCGGAAAGCCGCCCACAGGAGGAAGCUGGAGCCUGUGAAAUUCAGCAGCACAGACUCAGUUUCAGAAGCUUCACCUUGCAAAAGACAGAAGAGUGGUUCCCAGGAGGACCUGGGCUGGUGUCUGUCCAGCAGUGAGGAUGAACUGCCUCGAGAGCUGCAGCAGGAGCAGGCGAAGGCCUCGAGGGUCAAAGAGGAGAAAGGCCCCCCUUCUCCCAGGGACCGUGUGGCCCUGGGAGCUGGGCCUCACAGCCCCCCCACCAGCCAUGGGCUCCCGGAGGAGGAAGAUGAGCAGGAAACGUCAGGGGAAGGCCAGGAUGUCUGGGACUUGCUGGAUGAAGGGAACCCCUUCCAGUUCUACCUCACGAGAGUGUCCGGGAUUAAGCCCAAGUAUAACUCGGGAGCCCUCCACAUCAAGGAUAUUUUAUCUCCUCUCUUUGGGACACUUGUUUCUUCAGCUCAGUUUAACUACUGCUUUGACGUGGACUGGCUUGUAAGACAGUAUCCACCAGAGUUCAGGAAGAAACCAGUCCUGCUUGUGCAUGGCGACAAACGGGAAGCAAAGGCUCGCCUCGUUGCCGAGGCAAAGCCUUACGGGAAUGUCGCCCUCUGCCAGGCAAAGUUGGAUAUUGCAUUUGGAACACACCACACGAAAAUGAUGCUGCUGCUGUAUGAGGAAGGCCUCCGGGUCGUCAUUCACACCUCCAACCUCAUCCGCGAGGACUGGCACCAGAAGACGCAGGGAGUAUGGUUGAGCCCCUUGUACCCACGAAUCGUCCACGGGGCCCAUAGAUCCGGAGAAUCGGCCACACGCUUCAAAGCUGACCUCAUCAGCUACCUGGCAGCUUAUAACGCCGCCCCUCUCAAGGAGUGGAUAGACACCAUCCAGGAGCACGACCUCUCAGAGACAAAUGUUUACCUUAUUGCCUCAACCCCGGGACGCUUUCAAGGAAAUCAGAAAGAUAAUUGGGGACAUUUCAGGCUUAGGAAGCUUCUAAAAGAGCACGGCUCACCCACACCUAAAGCAGAGUCUUGGCCAGUCAUAGGCCAGUUCUCCAGCAUUGGCUCCAUGGGGGCAGACGAAUCAAAAUGGUUGUGUUCUGAGUUUAAAGAGAGCUUGGUGACCCUGGGCAGGGAGAGCAGGACCCUCGGGAGCGCUGUUCCUCUCCAUCUGAUCUAUCCUUCAGUGGAAAAUGUGCGGACCAGCUUAGAAGGAUAUCCAGCUGGGGGCUCUCUUCCCUAUAGCAUCCAGACGGCGGAGAAACAGAAUUGGCUUCAUUCCUAUUUUCACAAGUGGUCAGCUGACACCUCAGGCCGCAGCAAUGCCAUGCCACAUAUUAAGACGUACAUGAGAGCCUCUCCAGACUUCAGUCAGAUCGCUUGGUUCCUUGUUACAAGCGCCAACCUGUCCAAGGCUGCCUGGGGUGCGCUGGAGAAGAAUGGCGCCCAGCUGAUGAUCCGCUCCUAUGAGCUUGGUGUCCUCUUCCUGCCGUCAGCGUUUGGCCUGGACAGUUUCAAAGUGAAACAGAAAUUCUUCUCCGGGAGCAGCCAGGAGCCCGCAGCCUCCUUCCCUGUGCCGUACGACCUGCCUCCAGAACUGUACGGGGACAGAGAUCGACCAUGGAUUUGGAACAUCCCUUAUGUCAAAGCACCUGAUGCACACGGGAACAUGUGGGUUCCCUCCUGAGAGCAGGAAAGCUCUGUGAAGCUGACAUGUAAGGCCUGAGCCCCAAACACUGGAUGUCCUUGUUUGCAAUGGGUGUUCACUUCCCUUAAUGUUUUAUCUGCCCCCCUACAAAACUCUGCAAAGGUCAGUCUUUCAGACGUGAAUGUUGGUUAUCCUUUCAAUGGUCACUGGUAAUAGUCUCACUUGAGAAAAAAAAUUGUAUAUUUUCUUAACUCCCUUUUCUAUGCUUUGGAAUAAAAGCUAUUAAACUUCCCCAUAUUAAAAGAAUAUAGAUAGAUAGAUGCAAAAUGAUCCUUCUGGUGACGCGGACUCUCAUGGUGGGGUCAGCGGUUCUGAACGGAAGGUUGACAUUGUAAGUUGUGCUCUGUUGGGAAGGUUGCCCCUGGUUCAGCUGAAACUUUCCAGGGCAGGAGUGUGGCCCGUCACCCCCCUCCAGCUUUCUGGGUGUGUGUUGGCGUUGCUGGCAGGGCUGCUGUGGGUCAAGAGGCCCGCGAGGCUCCGCAGACGCCACGCGCCUCCUGACGGUUGUCGUCCGGCAGCUUCCCACAACACUUCAUCCUCCCUGCCCUGUCCUCAGCCAUCCCCCCAGGCGCCCAGCAAAGCACAUAAGCAUCCCACUUGCCGGAGCCCCUGCAGAUGAGCUGACAGGGAGGGGCUGAGGCCCAGAAAGGUUCAGGACGCCCGCGGGACCCCAGCUGCCCGGGUCAGCGCGGUGAGCAUAGCCCUGCUUCUCGUCCAAGUGCCCUCCACGGGCGGGAACAGCGCCCUCCUCAGACGACCCAGCGCCUCUGGGUUCCUCUGUGUGGGGCUCCUUUCCAUGGUCCUCAGCCUCUUCAUCCUGUAACUCAGAAUCCAGUUGGUUGUUAAUUCUGAAAGAUUCUUUUUUAAGAUGCUGGUUUUUCAGACUGUUCCUCAGAAGCCAGCAGUGCUCACUCCAGAAGUUGGGGGGGGCGGGGCAGGGGAUAGGUAUUGUGGCAGGAGGAGGCUGGUCAGGCAGGGGUGGGGUCUCCUGCCUCCUGCUCCCCCUCAGAGAAGGCCUCCUUUACUCUUAAGUUUUGGGUUCUGUAAAGGAUAUCAUCUGGGCGUGUUUGUUUUGCAUUCUGCUUAAAAACAUAAAGUUGAAAAGCCACUGAAUUAAACUAGUUCCUUCCACUGGUAAGAAAAGUAAGGCUUAAGCCUUCUUGGAACCUGCCUUCUGCUUUAACGACAUUGAAACCCUUAUCAGAUCUGAGCCCAGCAGCAGCCCUGGGCUCGCAGUAAAGGCUGAUGUGACGAUGAGACCAGCCCCGGGUGGGAGCCCAGCCGUCUGAGUGGGCAUCCAGAGGACUGCGGUCGACCACCCGGGAUGCCCGCCAGCACGGUGGUCCCCCCGGGUGGGGGUGGGAGCGGUGCAAGGCCCCAGGCAGCACCAGACAAGCCACCCAGCCAGGGAGCAUUGCAGCUGCAGGCCAGUCGUCCCAGAGGAGAGGAAACCCUCUUCCCCAGAGGUGCGGGCCAAAGCCCCUUGCGGUGUCUGAUUGGCCAGGCUGAGUCACGUGUUCGUUAGACUUGCCAGCCCCAGCUCUGUUCCCUCCGCCCUGUGAGACCUUAGGCCAGUCAUGUGAUACCCGAGUCUUCGUUUUCUCAUCUGUUGAGUGGGGCUCACAGCUCUCCUUCCUGCCUGGUGGGAUUGCUAUAAGAAUCACAGGAAACGGUGUUCCUGAGCGCGGGCAGGAACUUGAUCAGUAUAAAUCGGGAUGAUUCUUGAUGAGUACCAGGCUGGCAGUCUCUCCCUGGGGCAUUUAGAGACUGGUAACUCGAGGGUCAAAACCCACGCCUUCUGAAAAAUUAGCUACUUCCUGCCAAUAGCACUCCUUCCCACACCAUCACAGGUGGGUUUUUCUGAAAGGUGGUGAGAUUGAAGACUCCUGGCUGCAGCCAGGUGGCGACUAGGCCUCUGGAUUCCAGGCGAUGGGGGCUCUGCUUACAGAGGAGACUGUGUCCCGGGACCCCUUUGUCCCAGAGCCCAGCCUCUCAACUCUGAACGGAGUUGAACAGCUCUGCAGACCGCAUGCUUCCUGCCCUGAAAGCACAGAUCCGCGUUGCCUCCCGCCUCCGGAAAGGGGGGUCCUCAUGGAGGCUGCGUGGGACUGAGGCUGGAGUCAGGGAGUCCACGUUCAAGUGACCCCACGGGUGAGCUGACGCUUGAGCCCUGGAAGGAAGUCCAUUUCACAAGUGAAGAAACUGAGGCUCAGAUCUGUGAACUGCCCGAGGCCGCCUUCUUGAAGAUGGAGGGAGCGCUCGCUUCCUGAGCGCCUCACACCGUAGCAGGUUCAAGAAGUGGGCACCUCUGUGCUCCCAUUGGCAGAAUCUUCCUUCGGAGGCAGGAAUGAACCUUGUGAUCCCACGGGCCACUCCCGCCGCUAGAACAGCCGGGGCCCCGUGAGGGCCCACCCGAGCCCCGACUCCACCCUUCCGGUCUUCUCCGGCAGUUCAGGGCACACUCGGCGGCGAGCGGCCUCUCCUCUGCGUCUGUAGUUCCUCCUCCUACCGUGGCUCCCUGGCCCCUGCCCACAGCCCACUGGGGGACCUUAAGAAUAAGAGCAGGUGUGGGGAGGGGUUGUUGGCACGAGGGAAACUCGGGCGGUGAUGGAAGGGUCUCUAUCGUGAUUGUGGGUUUGGUUACACUUUCUGAAACCCCUUGAAUUAUGCACCAAAUUGGUCAUUUUAUUGUACGUAAAUUAUAACCCAGUAAAGCUGCUUUUUAAGAACUCGAAGAACGCACAAAUUCAGAUAUGUGCACUGUGUGAAAAUUCUACAUCAAAAAAGUAAAAAAAAAAAAAAAACAGUUGUUGAACUCUCUAUAAAUAAACUCUAAAGUACUUGAGGGCAAGUGUAUUGAUCGCAGUUUAUUUUGAAAUGCUUUAAAAUAAGAUGUGUUAAAGGAUGAGUAGAUAUAUGAUAAAAUAUUGGAAAAUUUGUACAAUCUAGAUUGCUGCUCUAAAAUUCUUUCAACUUUGGUACAUGUUUGAAAUUUCAUUAUCAAAUGUUGUGAGGGGAGACCAAAUAAGUUCAGGUUUCUGGUAGGAUGAAAUAGCUCCUACUGAACCCACUCUUUCAGAAAUAAAAAUAGAAGUUGUGGUGUGGAGCUUACACAAGCCAGCUACUGAAAGUGACCAAAAGAAGGGAGUCAACAACUGCAAGAAAGGCACUCUAUACAGGGUGAAUUUCCUCUUUUUCCACCACUUCCAGCCUGAGGUCAGGUCUUAGUCUGCACCACACAAGGCAGGUAAACCUCCAGUGGAAAAUCUGCAGUCUUUGUGGCUUGGAGAUCCAGAGCACAAGACUUGGAGCAAGCAAAUAACAGAAGAGCCAGAGUCGGGAUUCCCAGUUUCUCUUUGUAAACUCUUCGCAUCUAUGGCUGACCACUGAGCCGCACAUGCACCACUAAGACUAAAAGAACUAAACUAAAAUCUGAGCUACUUCAUGCUGUACGGGAGAUAAUUUUGCAGUUGAGUUCACCUAAGUUAACUGCCUGUUUAAAAAUUAUUUUUAGAGGAAGGUGAUUAGAAUCCAGAAUUUCUACAUCAAGACUCUUGAGACUCCCUUGGAGAGCAAUGAAAUCAAACCAGUCAAUCCUAAAGGAAAUCAGCCCUGAAUAUUCAUUGAUGCUCAAGUUAAAGAUCCAAUACUUUGGCCACCUGAUAUGAAGAGCUGACUCACUGGAAAAGACUCUGAUGCUGGGAAAAAUUGAAGGCAGGAGGAGAAGGGGACGACAGAGGAUGAGAUGGUUGGAUGGCAUCACCAGCUCAAUGAACAUGAAUCUGAGCAAACUCCCAAGAGAUAGUGGAAGACAGAGGAGCCUGGCAUUCUGCAGUCCAUGGGGUUACAAAGAGUCAGACAUGACUUAGUGACUGACUAACAACCACCAAAUUAUAUAUAGCAGCCACUAGUCACACGUGAUACUUAAAUUUCUUGCUUACUUUAAAGUUAAAAAUUCUGGGGGGUGGGGGGAGUUUCUUUGCCCACUUGCAAGUCUAGUAGCAGCAUGACAGACUUCAAAAGAGCACAGAUACAGAAUAUUCCCAUCGUCACAGUAGUGACGGACAGUGUUUAUCGGAUCAGUUAAAACAUGGGGACUGUCAGAGCUGACCAGGAAAAGGAAAAAGAAAAAACACUGCUGUAUGCUGUCCACAACAAAUACACCUUGAAGAUACAAAGACGCAGAUAGAUUGGAAAGUAAAUGGAAAAGAUACACUACGAAUGUUAAGUAAAUGAAGCCUGUGGUGACUAGAUUAAUAUCAGACAAAAUAAACUUCAAGGCAAAGGGUAUUACCAGAGAUAAAGAGAGACAUCUCAUAAAAAUGGUCUCUGUAUCAGAAGGAUAUAGUAAUUAUAAAUGCUUAUAUUCAGGCAGGAGACAGAUGGGUCCCAGGCUGAACAAUUUCUCUCCUGUGGACAGAAACUCCAUAAAGCAGGUUGAUGGAGGAGGCUGGGCCUUGCCCAGAUAAGAGAUAAAAGGUCACACACUCCAUCCUCAAAGUUAAGGAGACCUCCCAGACUACGCAUGCCCAGAAAGGCUCCACAGAGGUCAACAGGAAGGAAACGUCACUUCAGAGUAAGUGAUGCAACUUCCCACAGGCCUCUUCUCUAGAAUCCCUCUUGGCUAAAAGAUGCACACACAUGCAGGAAGAUCCUGAGAUAAGCCAAAGACAGACUCAGAACCUGGCAAAGCAAGACUAUUGGUCAAAGGAAACCUGGAGGAAAUGCCCCAAAAAAGUGAUUCAAACUAUCACAAGGGCAAGACUCCCCCUUAGCCCACCUGUGUGUCUGUCCACACGUACUGUACUCUUCCUCCUAAUAAAUACUUCACUUACUUCACUAA